AGCAGCGCUUCUAUAGUUCUACUAUAUAUUUAGCCCUUACUCUCUGCUUGCUUCACGUUGUUGCUUUGCUUGCUCUGUUCUUGCGUAGCUCACCAUUCAAAUCUUGCUUGCUUAGCCUUUUGAGUUUUGCGUUGGGAGUGUUAUCAAUGGAGGUGGAGAUGAGGCACGACGAGGUGGAGGUGGCGACGGAGGAGGAGGAGCUGCAGGGGUGGGAGACGCCGAGGAGGGAGGAGUGCCGCAUCCCGGUGGUGCCGCCGUGCCCGGGGCCGCCGAGGAAGAGGCCGGUGGCGCUGCCGGAGCUGGGGAAGGAGCGGCGGGAGCCGCCCAAGGGCGGGUACUUCCAGCCGCCGGACCUCGAGUCGCUGUUCAAGCUCGCGCCGCCGCGCAGGCAGGCCUCCAGCUGCGCCUAGCUUAGGGCCCGGUUGCUGGUAUAGUGUAGGGAUUGCUUCUGCAGUUGCAUCUUGUUUGGUCGUUUUUUGUGGAGCAAGAUGGAUGUUGCAUUUGCCUGUUCUGCUUUUGUGAUGGAAAUAGCUGCACCUACCAACCUGCAGCUUGUGUGAUACUGCUAAUUACUAGGCGAAAACAAAAUCUAUGUAUCUAUGUACAUGCUAUCGCAAGUUCAAAAUGAAAAAAAAAUGUUCUGAAAAUGGGACCUGUAUCUUUUGUGCUCUGAGCCUGUGAUGGGUGUACAU